AUGGAUAUGUCAGAAACCCCUCCUAGACGUCGUCAUUCGGCUGGAACAUCGUUAAAAGCUCCUCAAAGGAAAUUAAAUGCAGUACCUCUCAAUGACGAUGAAUGGGAAAAACGACAACGUAGAAAGUCAUUGAUGGAAUCUUCACGAAGAAAGUCAUUAUUAUUAAGUUCUCCUAAUACUCCAGGAGGAAGCCAGAGCUUCAUAAUAACUACUACACCUCAAAGACCUUUAACAAUAGAUGUUGUUACACCUAUACCAAAGAUUCCACCAGAACAAAUGUAUAAUAAUUUUGAAGAGUGGAUGAAAAUGGCGACAGAUAAUAAAAUUAAUGCACAUAAUAGUUGGAAAUUAGCAUUGAUUGAUUAUUUUCAUGAAAUGAGAUUUUUGAAAGAAGGUGAUUCAAUAAAUUUCCAAAAAGCCUCGUGUACUUUGGAUGGAUGCGUAAAGAUCUACACCUCACGUGUGGAUUCCGUUGCUACUGAAACGGGAAAACUUUUGAGCGGUUUAGCAGAUAGCACCAAGAAAGAUAAUGAUCAAUUCUCUGAGAAUGAAGAUGAUGAAGGUGAAGAAGGAGUUGAUUCAGAAAGACGAGUUCGUAAAAAGACUAGAAGUGAAACUACAUUAGUUAAAGAUUAUUCACAAAUAACAAUAAAGAAAUUUGAUUUGGAAUUUUCAGUUGAUCCUCUUUUCAAAAAGACUUGUGCAGAUUUUGAUGAAGGAGGAGCUCAAGGAUUAUUAUUAAAUCAUUUGUCCAUUGAUACCGAUAGUAAAAUCAUUUUUGAUGCAAGCGAUGCUAUUUUAGAUUUAGAUGAUAUUGAUAAUGAUAAUGAUUUAAAUGCGAUGGAGGAAGAUAUCUCAGAACAAGAUAUGGAUUUAUCAAAACUUCGAUCCAAAUUUUAUGAUCAACUUUCACAUAUAUUUACCAAAAAAAUUUGCCCCAGUUUAAGAUCCUUUGAAUUUUCUGGUGAAAAUAACGGUGAUCUAGGGUAUUUAAUACAUAAAAGUACAGAAGAUGAUGAAGAUGAAGAAAAUAAUCAACCGGGAUCAUCUGAUGAUUUCUUAUUUAACGGUAUUGAUGAUAAUCCGGAUUAUCCGGAUUUCUUUGCUAAUGAUGAAUUCUUGGAAGAAGACGAUGAGGCGGAUGAAAAUGGUAUACGUGAAAUAUUUAAUGCGGAGAACGUAAUAGAAUCAAGAAACAAUCAACCGAUCGAAAAUGAAAAUGAAUUUGUUACGGCUAUGGCAAAUCAUCAGAAUGAUAUGUUUUCAUAUUUUGAUUCUGCAUUUUUACGUAAUUGGGCGGGUCCAGAACAUUGGAAAUUGAAACGUGUCGUUAAAGAAGAUGUGGAUGAAUCUACUAUUUUUAUUUCGGGAGGGAGCACUCUUAUAUUACCAAAAUUAGCUGAAUACGUUCCACAUGGUUAUCGACUUCCUGAUGAUAUACAUUUUUCAUCUAAACAAUUGCUUCAAUUGUUUUUAAAACCAGAAUAUAAGUUAAGGUCAAAACGUAGAUAUGAAGAAAAAAUCGAUAAUGGUGAUGAUCCCGAAGUAGAUGAAAAUUUCUGGGCAGAAGAGAAUAUUAAUGACAAUGCGUUUCCCGAUACAAAAUUUGGAGACAAUUUAGUGACCCAAACUAGACGCGUUAAGCCAGAUCAAAUUAAAUUUGCUAGAACCGCGAAAAGGGUUGAUGUUAAAAAAUUAAAAGAUAACAUAUGGAAAACGUUGGUUUUCAAUAAUGAAGAGAAUUUCACAAGAAGAUCAUUGUCAGACAAUAAUCUAACCUCUGACCAAGAUGAUGAAAAUCAGACAACUGCCCCAAAUGAACAAAUCACAGAACAAAAAUUUACCACUGUCAUAAAAGAUUUGAAAAGAAUCUAUCCUGAAAAAAAGAUUAAAGAUAUUUCGGUACCAUUUUGUUUCAUAUGUUUAUUACACUUGGCUAAUGAAAAAAAUUUAAGUAUAUCUGUAGUAAAUGAACAAUUGACCGAAUUGGAAAUUAAAAAAGUAGAAGAAAAUAGAUGA